AUGGCAGCUGCUGUCGGAUUUGGCCAGUGGCGAAGUGCUGCUGCGGGUGCGGCAGCGAGCCUGCUCGUCACGUGGUUGCUUUCGCAGCCACAGCGAGUUGCAGCUGACCGGCUCGCUGCGCACUACCUGUUGCCAUACCUAUCAGACUCGCCUCCCAGCAGUCAAGUGACCGUGGAGUUCUGCAACCUGUUCCGGAUUGUGGAGAAGCCCUAUUACGUCAUUUUCGCUUCAUGUUGGGUGUGUGCGCUGAUGCAGCAACUGAUCGACACGUCGAGAUACUACGAGGAACGCUACGAGGAGUUGAGCAAAACGCAGAAAUGCUACGUUGGGAUCCAGCUCUUGACGCUCGUGAUGGAAACUCUGGCUAUCGUUGGCAAGAUUGAUUGGCUUGCUGGCGAAAGCUUGUGGCACAUGUACAACUUGUAUGUGUAUGUCUUUGUGCACUCGUCCGUCUUUGUGCGCUCGAUCAUGAUGUCGAUGAUCAUCUGGGACUGGCUGCUGGCACGCCUGCUGGGCCGGCCAGUCUUUGGAGCGGAGUACGACGGCCAGGGAUGGCGUGACUGGCAUCGAGCCGUUCUCCUCAUCAUCAUCAUGCAGUUCGGAUCUUCAGUGUUCGUCAUGAUGGUGGUCACGCUCACGCAUGCCAUUCCAGCAUUAAUCAUUUACUAUCCAGUCUUUCUUCUGGCAGCAGCCUUCAUUAUCAAGUUUCGCUCUUGGCUGGAGUUGCUGGGCCUGAAUCCCGAUGGUCGAGCUGGGCGUGGCCUGGUGAUGGCAAGUAAUUCUUUCGUGGCCGUUGUGUCAAUUCAGACAAUGAUCGCUUCCAUCAUCCGGGUGUACUUUGGGGAUGCUUGGAGCCAAGGAUAUUUGGCUCCGUUGAAGGAUGACGUGGCAUCAAGGAGCUCCAAAACGUUCUACGAGUGUCAUCUUCGAGCCGGUAUGGGUGCACUGCAUGACCCUGACUUUGUGAAUCUCUUCCUGCGCUGA